UGCAAAAUUGAAAGAAACAAAAAUCUUUUGGAAAACAUUUGAGCUACAAAUUAUACAAAAAAAAUGCCUGUCAAGCCAAAGCGGGCGUCACUGCCGGCGUCGCCGUCGACGUCGCUGCUGACGCCACAACGGUGCCGCAGCGUCAGCCUCAGCUUCUUCAUCGUCUUUUGCUGUGUCAGCGGCAGCAUCGCACAAGAUACCUCCAGCUAUUACUUUCCAUCACAAAAUCGUUUUGUGCCAUCCUCCGGCUCUUUUCCACGCCAACUGCAGCAGUCGCAACAGACGCUUAACGGCUAUCGCAGCAGCACAGGUGGUUUCUCGCCCGCACCGGGCUCCUACCAGGAGCAGCUCCUGUUCAUAGCCAACGAGAAUGGCAACAGCAACAAGCAAACACCAAUUGCAACGAGCUCUCCAUAUGGAACACCAUUUGGCGCUAGUCCACAAUUUGCCAAACCGAAUCGUCAGACGGACUAUUACGAUAUCUCGCCACGCCCCUUUGGUGUGCCCGUCAGUGGAGGCGGUGGCGCAACGACGUCCGUUGCUGGAUUUACACGCUCCAAGGCGAUACGCAAUGGCAGCGGCGGCAGCAGUGGCAACAGCUUAGGGAGCGGAUUGCAACCGCAGACGCAGCGUGUCAAUGUGCCACACCAGCAGACGCAGUUUCUGGCGCACUUCAGCGAGGCAACGAACGACAAGCGCCUGGCGUCCAGCAGCGCCGCUCAGCGACCCUUUGGCAAUGGCGGCUUCUCGCCGAGCGCGACUCGCACGCGCACUCAGGCGCCGCCGCCAGCAGAUGAUGCCACGCCCCAGGCCGCAUCGCCGUAUCGUUUGCGCAAUCGUUUUCAGCCUUCAACCUCCACAGCCUCGUCGACCACCUCGGGCAGCCACUCAGCGGAGGUGACCAGCAAGCGCUAUAAUCGCUUUGGCAGCAAUCGCGCUGCAGCUAAAUCCCCGACGACGACGUCCUCAAGCAGCCCCAGCUCCACCACACAGAAUACGCCCGCAGAGCGUCCGAGCUUCGGACGCAAGCCGCCCAGUCCACGGCGUCCUGUGUUCAUUAGUCGCGAAAUCAACGAACCUGUCAGUGUGGUCGGCAAGCGUCCUUUCAACUACAACAGCGCCAGGCUGAAGCUGCCACGACCCACCUCGAGCACAACCAGCACCACUGAGGGCGUGAAUCAGGACGAAACUGUGGAGCAGUAUGAUCAGGAGUCGCAGGAACAGGAGCAGGAUGAAGACCACACAGAAAACGAAGAACAUGAGGAGUCCUCAAGCCUGGAGAAAUUGCCUCUGCAGGAGGAGACAAUCGCACCAGCUGCAGUUAGCAAAACGGAGGGCAGCCCGAUCGCCGCAGUGCCCGCAGACGCCACAGUCUCCGUUGCAGCUGCAGUGGAAACGGCGACGAGCAAUGAAGCGGACUAUGACAAGUCCAGCACCAGCAGUACGGAGGAGGCCCAAACAGACUCCUCCGAGGCGCAAGACUUGACGGAAGAGACAACGCAGGCAAGUCCCGUGCAUGAAUAUGAAUACAUUGAAGACGAGGAGAAGGCCACAACAGCUUUGUCCAAAGAGCAAGACUCGACGGAGCAACAGCAAACAGAGCUGGAGAGCAAUACCACGGAGCAGCCAGUCGAGACUACGCCUAGCAGCAGUCAACCCACUCAACAGACGGCGGAAACCACAAAGGAGAGCUCAGCCCAGCAGGAGGAUGACGUUGAGUACGAUGACGAGCUGGGCGAAGAAGGUGCUGAGGAGUACGAAUACGACGAAGAGGAAGAAGAGGAAGUCAGCGAGGAGCAGAGCAGCCAUGACAACAAGGCCACCACCGAAACAGCGAACAGCAGGGAACACGAGCACGAGCACGAGGAUGAGCGGGAAAUAAUCUCGGUGGUGACUACGAAGAGCGUUGUCAAUGGCUCCACAGCUUACCCGGCGCCAGUGACUCCCAGCAGCUUGGGCACAACUCUUAGCGAUAGCCAGCCAGCGCCACAGCUCGAUGAGGAUCAAACGGAGCUCAAUAAUGUCAUCAAUACAACGCCUCUGCCCACAGAGGAGGCAGCCACGCCCAAUGUGACCGAGAGCUAUGUGGUGGUGGCGUCCAUACAGACCAGUCGCAGCAUUAAUGGAGCACGCUUCCUGCCCUUCCCAGCCAUCGAGCAGGAGGAGACGAAGCAAACGCUCUCUGAACUGGAGCGUAAGGUGCACUCGAAGCACCAGCAAAAGCAGGCAGAUUUCAAUGAGAGCAGCGAGGAGCCCAGCUCGACGACGCCUACCUCAACGUCUCCCUCUUCGUCCAGCACAACGGAGAAACUGUUGCCUGUGCAGGGCGCCUCGACGGAGAGCAUCAUCGAUAAGCUAGACCGUGUGCAAUCGGAGCUGUCCAGUGGCGUGCUCUCGGGCAAAUAUCCCAUCAUAAGUCAAAUGGACUCGUCCACUCCCGCCAGCCCGAUGACAACGGGCGCUGGACGAUUUGCGCCCCACAUUCGGAAGUUCCAGCCACGCACCACCUCGGCGCCCAGCACCACCAGCAGCGGCGCCAAGCUGAAGGUGCACCACUACGAUGAGAGUGAAAUGGAUGAGUUAGCCGGCUUGUUACCAGUCGGCUUUAAGCCCAAGCCCAGCUAUAAGAACCGCAAGAUAACAACCACAACAACAACGACGACAACGGAAGCACCCGUCCAGGAGCAAUCGAAGAAGCCAGCGCGUAACUCUACCAUCAGUCGCUCCUUCAAGAACGGUGUAGUCACCGUGCAGGAUGUCACAUUGGCAGGUCUCCUUCCCAAGGGCUACAAGCCACCGAGGACGACGUCGACAACGACGACGGCCAGCCCAGACCAAAGCACGACGAAGGCAGCAGCUGUGCUAGAAAGUUUGUUUGAAGAAAUCAAGUUCGAUGAUAGCCUCGCAGCGCUACUGCCCAAAGACUAUAAGCUAAAUGCGACCACGUCGAAGCCGGAUAUAGUUCUUGUUGAGGACAUUUCGAAGUUUUUGCCCAAGGGAUUUAGCCCCUCAACGACGACAACAACAACUCAAAGAUCGCCCGCCGUUGCCGUUCCCUUUGACGAUCUGAGCAAGUUUCUGCCACCUGGCUAUAAGGCACCAAAGGAGAAAGAUGAGCCCAAGCUGCCAGCUGGCAUCACUCCGCUUAAGGUUGAUGAUAUCAGCAGCUUGCUGCCACCUGGCUUCAAGCUGAACGGCACCAGCAAGCCCAAGUUGAAUGUGGCAGCUGAAGAUGACGAGCUGCUAGCGUCGCUGCUACCGCCGGGCUACAAGUCGAAGGCCAUCCACCCGGCAUCUACCUCCAAGCCGGUGCCCAGCACCACUGAGAAGUCUGCAAAUGAGAGCACCUCCGGUAGCGGCCUAAAGGUCGUCUUUCCCAAAGGCUUCCACAAACGGCUUGGCUCACACAGACUGACCACGCCACACACUCCGCACGAGGGCAGCGAAGGGGCACCCUCAUCACCGCCUGUGGUGAUUAAGAAGGGUCCUCCCACACGCGCCACCACCGAGUUCACUGGCUGGCCCACGCCACCCACCACACCACUGUCCAUAGACAAGCUGAAUGCGCAGACCAUCAAUUUCGAGGAUCUGUUGACAGCAGCGGGCUCCAGCUCGACCACAAGCAGCACCACCACAACCACAACUACGACGACUACCACAACUCCAAGGCCCACGAAACCCGGACACUGUACGGCAGAUUGUGACCUGGAAGCAACUAUCAAGAUUAUCGAUGGCGUCGCCUGGAAGCCGGAGCUCUUGGAUCACAACACACUCGAGUGGAAGAAUCUGGCUCACGAGCUAGAAGCACAGCUCAAUGAGGUCUACUCCAAUGCACCUCAGCUAAGCAAGUGGUAUAAGAAAGUGCGCAUCGAUAGCUUCAGCGAAGGCAGCGUUUUGGUGGACUAUUAUGUGGAGCUGGCCAAUAUCACCGAGGAUGUGGAUACUCUGGAGAUAAAACAGCUGUUCCACGAUGCACUAACCAAGCCAACAACGCCUCUGUUGCCCGAAAAGGAUGCACAGGAGAACGAAACGGAUAGCGUGUCCGGACCCCAGGAGGAACAGCUCGUCAAGGCCAGCUAUCAAAUGGGCAAAUUUUACAUUGAUCCCAUGGCCACCGAAUUCAGUGUCAUUGCCAAGAAUUUGCACACCAAUGUGGAGUUUGCCGAGGACGAUCUGCCCAUUCCACAGUGGGCCAUCGUCGUCAUUGUCAUAGGCGUGGGUUCGCUUGUCUUUGUCGUUAUAUUUGGUGUCACAGUGCUGCUUAAUCGUCAGAAGCGCGCUAAAAAGACUCCGAUUCCCUUGACCAAUGACAUGCUGAAUGAGCUGAAGGUAAAUCACAUGGGCGGUGCGGAUAACUAUGGAGUCGAUGACUUCUACAACAUAGACGAUCCCUGGAACGACACCAAGCAGCCCAUUAAGCCAAAGCGCUUUACCAAUUCGAUGCAUGGCAGCAACAGCUCGAACAUCUACGAUAGCUGGCGCUCGACUCGUCAUCCAGCACACAGCAGUGGCGACUACUUCUAUGAUCAGCAGCCAACAUAUUCGCAGAAGGGCGACUCUCUGAAGCGGGCUACGCCACACAAUCAUCAUCAUCAUCACCAUCAUCAGCAGCAAUAUCCCACAGGACAUCAGCAGGGCUACGGACAUCAAUAUCCGGACGCCUUUGCUGAUGCGCAUCAGAUGUACAGCUACAACAAUCACGCGAGUCGAACGCGUUAUGCCCGCGACUACGAUCCAGAUUUUUAGUUUAGUCUCCAGCCACUCUAAGACUAACCAUGCUCUAGCUUUAGAAAAUUGCAACCGAUUUGUUAGUUGCAAGUUAAUAGCUUAAACUUUGUACGUAUGAGUAAAUUAUACAGCUGCUCAGUAACAUAUUUACAUACUAAAUAACAUUAAGGCAGGUAUCUAUGUACUAUAUAAACACAUUAUAUCUGUGAGUAGCCCUAGCUUAUAGAGCUGUCUCUACCUGACCCUUAUACACUUAUUGGAUGUCCAUCAUCUUUAUUAUUUACUAAAUCGAAAAUACUUGUUCUGUAUGUAACAUAUAUGGAAAUUAGGAGUUCGCAUGUGAGCUUCCAGAAAUAAAUAGUCAUGCACUUUUAGUUAAUGCUAGAUUGUAAUUAUAUUGUAGUCACAUUAAUUAAUUUAAUUACUGGCGGUAUAAUAUAUUACAAUUCACCCAACUCUAUAUU